UAUUUGUAUAUUUUCAGUAUACAUGUUUAUAUCGCCGUUUCCUUACCAUCAACCUCCUGUUUGUUUCAGGAUGAAAUUUUUUCUACUCUUGAACUUGACGUAUAUGUAGCUUGGUUUGUUUUCUUUUGAAUAAAAUUACAUCGCAUUGCAGUUACAAAUACCUUGUUUACAACUUGAAUUUGGCUAACAAUACAUUUCAUCUUCAAGCCAUAACGUAACAAACUUGAACAAACUUGAAAAGCUUUUCUUUCCUUUUCCUUGUUUUCAUUGAUGUGAAAAAGUAAAUUAGCAAUUAUUCAUCAUGAGCAAGCAAGAAGAUCAGGCUUCGAGAUUCCCGUUGGCUAUGACGAAAGAAAUACGAACGACUAAACAAGAUCGAACCAACGCAAAACGAAAAUUUACGAGAAAAACUAUUGGUUUUCAUGACAUGAUCGAAAACGAUUGCCCAUUUAUUGCUAUUAAGGAUAAAUUCGAAGAUAUCAAAGAUGCAUAUCGAUGAAUGUGAUGAAUAUAUGAUGGGUGUUGAGGCAAGCAUGGAUGAAAUUCGAACAAAGUUUGCCAUCAAGACAAAGGCUGAAAACGUUAAAAUUUCAGAAAUUCACGUUAAACCUUUAGAUGCACCGCGUUUCUCGGGAAAUAUCAGACAAUAUACAAGUUUCAAGCAGGAUUAUCUUCGACUAAUGACCAAACAGUUCGGUAAGGAUUCUUAUGCACUUCGACAAUGCUUGUCAGGAGCUGCGCUGGAAACGGUGAAAGGCGUAGAAGAUGAUUACGAAGAGAUGUUUCGGAGGUUAGAUCUAAAAUAUGGAGAGACGAGAAAAUUAGUCGAUUCGAUAAUACUUGAUAUCAAAAGACUGAAGCCCAUUCCAGAAGGCGAAAACAAAAGGUUUGUUUCCAUGGUAGAAGUGGUGGAGCGCAGUUGGAUGGAACUUCAAAGAUUGGGCAUGUCUCAAGAAAUGGACACGACCACAAUGGUCACCAUGGUCGAAAAAUUACUGCCAAGAACUCAAAAGCGGGAAUGGGUAACAAAAAUGGAAGAACUGAAAAAUAGCAGUACAAAUUGUGAUUCUACCUUUCGUACUUUACUAUCUUAUUUAAUACAAGAAAAAAGGGUCAUCGAAUAUAUGGACGACGACGUCCGAACUUAUACCGGUACAAAUUCAAAAUAUGUAAAUUCAGCAAUAAAUAGCCUUCAAGUCAAUCCGAGCGACUCGAUAUCUGCCGAUACGAAUCCCGAUACGACAACCGAUGCAUCGCAAACAGAUGUUGUGAAAAUAUGCAACCAAAUUCAAAACAUGACUGACCGAAUGGAAACUCUGUUAAAAAACCCAAGCACGAGGAAAUUUACAGGUAGCAAAAAGAAGAAUAACAUAGAUAUCGAGAAUAGUCGCUGCUGGAUCCACAAAACGGAUUUUCACUCAAUUUUCAAAUGUAACGCUUUCCUCAAUUCCACUCGCGAAGACAAAUUGUGUACUCUACGACAAAAUGGAGCAUGCUUCAAUUGUCUUCAACAGGGACAUAUAGCCUCAUCAUGCCCAUACGAAAAUCAAUGUGAAAAACGGAAUCAUUUGAAUGAAAAAUGUGGAAAACGUCACCACUCGUGUCUGCAUUUUGAACGGCCUCCAAACGAAAACAACGCGUCCAUACAUUCAACUAGAAAUAACAAGCGAAAAUCAAUGCUCGCGGUGAGCGGUGUUAUUUGCAAGGACAAACGGCUGACAGUGAUAUGGGAUUCAGGCGCCAAUAUAUCUUUGAUUACACAUAAGGCUGCAUCCCGGUUAAAUUUAUGCAGUGAAGAAGUUGAACUUUCAAUUACAAAAGUCGGAAACCAGGUACAAGCCUUCAACACGAAACGAUAUAUUGUUCCUCUUAUAGACGCGGACGAUAAAUGCUGGCAGGUCCAUGCAUGCAUAUGGUAUCGAAGACAUUACGUCUGA